AUGGAGAAGACUACGCAGGACAGAUGCUCACAGGUGGAUAACGUCUCUUGGUCAAUUUCGACCGGGUCGACGCCAGCGCACUCCGGAGAACGCGUCGAGCUCGUGAAUGUCGCCGGGCUUGACCUGCUGAAGACAGCCACUCCGGAAAUGAGAGAUGCUCGCGGUUGGCGCGGCGGCGCGGUUGGCGCUGAGGACAUCGCGGCAGAGAAUGUUCUGCCUAAGUUCGAUCUGCCGCCGCCUCGCGAACUUCUGCCAACAGCUGCGAUGAAUGAAUUAACUGCCAAGUACAAGAUGCAGGAUGUCCCGCCGGACGCUGAGUACCCUGUCGUCUGUGAGGAGGGCCGAUGUAGUUUCUGCCCUUUCACGUUUGACAGCUCUCAACUUGAAGUGGUUGGAUUGCUCCAUCCAUGGGCAAGCACUUCUUGCAGUAAGAUUGGAUCAACAUCUAAGAUGAUCAUUAGGGUCGUGGUGAUUGAGAAGUUGCAUUCAAGUUUCAUCUCCAAGAAAACUGUUUGAGUUAAAUUUUGUAGAGCGAAGAUUAAUUACCACACAAGAAUAUAUGGAGAUUUCUUACCAAGAA